AUGGCAAUACUUUCUCAUUUAGUAAAUUUUUCAUUAAAUCUUUACAACGUCUUGAUACAACUUAAUUACAAAUACAUAUUCGGCUUAAUCUUUUUAUAUUAUGUGAUUCGUCCUUACAUAGAAUACUUUAGAACACGUAAAAAUCGAGCUCCUGGUCCAUUACCAUGGCCAUUGGUUGGUUAUUGGCACAUUUAUCUUUACGGAGACGUUGCAAAAAAACAAUAUGAUUUAAAUGAGAAAUACGGUGACGUUGUAGAAAUCGAAAUGUACGGGUUUAGAUGCAUUGUGAUUAGUGAACCUAAAUUAUUAAAAGAUCUAUUUAGUCCAAGUGUCCGUAGUCCUUUCCUACGUAGAAUACCUCUGUUGCCCGGUUUCAUUGAACUGGGUAUGGACAAAGAAGGCUUGUUGUUGAAUUUGGAUGUGGAUAAGUGGCGUCAUAAUCGUAAAUUUUUCCAACAGUCAUUAUCUCCACCUUCAUUCAUCGAUUUGAGUACAAAGUACACGCGAGAAUGUUGUGAAGAGAUGAUGGAUUAUUGGAGAAAUGUGAAUGACGGAACUGUUAUUAGAUUAGAGGAAUGGUAUCGAGCUUUUACAAGUGAUAUGAUGGGUUUGGUAGCAGCCGGUGGUAAAGAAGAAUCAAUGAAAAUUUUAUACAAUAAGGUCAUUAAUAAUUAUUCUGCCAAAAAAACUAAUAAUACAAAAGAAAUCCAGAAUGAUAAAGGUGAAAAAUACCGGCAAUUACGUUCCGAGUAUCCAGAUGCUUGCGCAUUUUAUAUUUUUGUACCAAAAUUAUUAUGGAACUUGCCUUUUAUUAAAAGUAGAUAUCAAUAUUAUAGAAAUGUACUUGAUUGGUUGACAGAUUUUGAAGUUAAUUUCAUCAAAGAACGUAAAAGUCAAAUCGAAGAAGAAAAAACCAUAACCACUAACAAGAUCAAUAAAACUAGUAAACAUGGUAGUAAUAUUAAACCAGAUUUUCUAACAAUGUUAAUCACAAUGAACGGCGAGGUUGAACCAACACCGGAUGAAAUUAAACAAAAUAUUAGAGAAAUGUUCAGUGCAGGAACAGGCACAACCACCACAACUUUAUGUACAACAACUUAUCUUUUAGCAACACAUCCUGAAAUUGAAAAACGUAUGCUUGAUGAAAUCUUGGAAGUCGUUGGGCCUGAUCGACCAGUUGAAUCUUCCGAUCUUCCAAAGCUUGAAUUCACCGAAGCAAUCCUCAACGAAGCAAUGAGAUUAUACCCAGUCGUGCCAAUAACGUAUCGUUACUCGCCAGAUUACGAUACACAAAUAGCUGGCUACAAGUUUCCACCGAAUACAGUCUUCGCAAUAGAUCUUGGUCAUAUUCAUCGUAAUCCCAAAUAUUUUAAAGAUGCUGAUAAAUUUAUUCCGGAUAGAUUUAUGGGCAAAGAUUGGAAAGAUACCAUUCCACAAUUUGCUUUCUCGCCAUUUGGUCAUGGAAUGAGAUCUUGUCCUGGUAAACAUUUGGCAAUGACGGAAAUGAAAGUUAUUUUGGCUACUAUUUUUAGAAAAUUUUCCUUUAAAUUAGUCAAACCUAAUGAUCCUCUUAAUAUUAGAUUCACAUUAGUAAAUGAUAUUUCUGAAUUGGAUGUUUAUGCCGAGAAACGAAUUCUUUAA